CAAUCAUCCCCCCAAGUCGACAUUCCGGUAUGGCCUCACCCGCCAAUCUUCUGCGGCUGUGUCUCCGGAACAGCAGGCGGUUACCGGGCGUCCGGAGAACAGUAGUUCGGCAGAUUCCCGCGCGAAGGUUUUUCUCGACGACGCAAUGGCGCGCAGCCGCAGCAGAAGAAGCCGACGAGGACCAGGAACAAGAGGUCGAGUUCGACCGAGUGUUUAGGAACCCCGGUGAAUAUCUAUCGUCCAUAGUCAGCAAUGAGAAGCUCAGCCCCGAGGAGCGGCAGUUGGCCAGCAGCUUGCUCGAGGACUGGAAUAAGGUCCCGCCGGAGACAAAGCAAGAAUACGAAGCUCUGAGGACCGAGCUCAAUGAGGAGAGCGCCGCGAUUAGGAGGCCGGAAUUUAUCAAGAAGGACAGUUUCUGGAACGAAGACGAGCCCGACCCGGAUCUAAUCGUGGACGAGACCGGCGACGACGACUUCGAGGAGGACGACAUCAUGGCCAUGGGCCACGCCAAGCUCGAGGAGCACCGCGAGUUCAGAGAAUACGCGCGCAUCGCCGUGUGGGAGAUGCCACUGCUCUCGAAACUUGCCAAACCGUUCCGGCCGCCCACCGAGGAAGAGGUUCUGCGGUUCCGGUACACGACAUACAUGGGCGAAUUCCACCCAGCCGACAGGAAGGUCGUGGUGGAGUUCUCGCCCAGGGACUUGCCUGGCCUUACCGAAGCCCAGCGGUUGAAGCUCAAGAAGCUUGCCGGGCCGAGGUACAACCCGGAGACGGACAUCGUCAAGAUGAGCUGCGAGCGGUUUGAGCACCAGGCCCAGAACAAGCGAUAUCUGGGCGACCUCGUGGACAAGAUGAUCGCCAUGGCCAAGGACCCGACCGAUAUGUUCGAGGACAUUCCGCUCGAUACUCGCCAUCACACGUUCAAGAAACAAAUCAAGUUUCCCAAGGAAUGGUAUUUAACGGAGGAGCGGAAGAAGGAGCUCGCCGCUCAGCGGGAACAAGCGCUGCUUCUGGACGAGCAGAAGAGGGCCGAGGGGACCAUGAUUGAUGGCGCGCAGAUCAUUCAGCAGGCUCUGCUUGCUUCACAGCAGGUGGAGGAACCGGUCCCGGUAAUGAGGGGACGCCUGGCGCGUGGCCGUCGGUGAGCGCCGUGAUCGGACUCUUGAUGCUCGGCCAGGCCCCCAAAUCAGUGAUGGUUGUCGACGAGUGAACCCUUCGCCCGAAGUAUACUCGCCAUGAUUUCCAGGGCGCCUUGUUCAAGGCAAUCUACUCAGCCGCUCUCCGUCGAGGCGAGCGGGCGGAUCGCUGUUGGGUCUUGUAUUAUGAAUUCCACUGUACAUCAAAUCUGUAUAGAGCAUUGAGGGAGUCUUUGGGUCUGAGCACACCUCCUCCCGUUCCUCUGGUUUGCCG